AUGACUGCCUAUACCCGCGAGGUGAACCGUGCCGCCCGUGCUGCCCGUGCUGCUCCUGCCCCUGUCGCUGCCGGCUCGCCCUCGACUCCUAUCUCGACUCGCCUGUUACCAGCUCCGCCCAAUGCGCCAUUGAUGCGGUCGCUUGCGGCCAGCGUGCGAGAUACUGCUACUCCUCCUAUCUCCCCCCCUACCGUCACCAAUAAUGCCGUCACUACGGCUACUACUUCUCUAGCUUCGUUGGAGUCGCGUGUGGGUCGUAUAGAGGCCGCAACUUUCUCUAGCUUCGGUAAUGAUAAGCCUACGAUAUCGUCUGAAUCGUCUGACUCGGAGUAG